AUGAAGUCAAUUAAUGUCAAUUCGAACGGGAACGCUCCCCUGAGGGCACCCUCUGCAGCUUUGAAAUCUACGAGGCGGGCUCGAUACAGACCACAGCAACCGCCCUCUAACAAACGUUACCAAGAGAACUAUGAGUUGAACGUUCUUGCCGCUAGGAUGAAACUGUUUAAAGAUUUAACCCCACCAGUGUCAGAAUCGUCUCAGCCUGAGGCCAUUGGCCAGAAUAGGGAUACAGAUAUUGGUCGAUUGGGAAAGGUAAAUACGCAGUAUAUUCCUGCUUCACCCGCGGUGCGCUCUGAUUUAGAAACGAACUCGAUCAAUUUUAGUGUGUUACUGCGGACAGUACCGAUCAAUAAUGAUUGCACCCCGCUGGUUCACAUGAAUAAUUAUGAGUACCGAUUCGAUGAUAAUGGAGUGCAUGAUGAUAUGCUUCUGCGAGAGACUGGUCGGAAAUGCAAUGUUUUCCCAGAAGAGAUGGAGUACAACGAGCUGCACUCAGUGAUCUCCAAGUGGGACUGGUUGAAGUACCACCUCUUUGGUAUCGACAAGUUUGAUUUCUUCGAGUUGCACGAGCGAAGAAAGCAGUUUUACGCUUGUCCCUGGAAUUACUCGAGGAUCCCACUCAGAAUGAGGGAUGAAAGCGAGUGUUAA